UAAGGUGUGCGUGUAUUUGUGAUGAAACAGUCACGUUAUGUCAUGUAAUACCUCAUCUAACGGUGUCACAUCCGGUCUGAUUCUAUAAAAGAGAAGAUCGUGGGGCUGAAGAAGUUGAGAAAUCGAACAGUUUCUGCAUUUAAGGUGUCAGGGAUAUAAGAAGACUACAAAAUCCGGAGUCAUGCUUGCUGUCCGGAGCUUUCAGAGGCUAGCAGGCUCUCCUGCAGUCUCCCACAUGGUACGUCACAGGAUGACAAGAGGCCUGGCAGACGAGGCUAAACAGGCUACAGAGAAGAUAGUGGUGGAGACUCCGAAAGGUAUUAAGGAAGCAGGACAGAAGUCCGUCCCCAAGCCUGGUGAAUACUCCAUUGUGUACACAGUUGGUGGGGAGAAGCACAAAAUAGAUAUAGUAGUUCGUCCGGGGAGGUGGCAGCGUCGGUUGAAGCGGCUGGUGAUCCUGGCUGCUGGUAUUGCUGUAGUGGGAGGGGCGGGCAGAAUCAUGGGGGACAGAUGGGAGACAAAAAUACAGGAAGACCCUCAGAUGAAGGCAUUGUGGGACAGGAACAAGAGGAUCACAGCCUAUCACGAGGCAGGCCACGCCCUGGUGGCCUACUACACCACAGAUGCCCCGCCCAUCAAGAAAGCCUCUGUCAAGUCCUGGGGACCAGCACUGGGCCAUGUAUCAUUCCAGUUCCCCCGCAGUAAGUGGUUGAUGCUGCAGACUAAAUCCCAGCUGCUGGCUCAGAUGGACAUCGCCAUGGCAGGCAGGGUGGCAGAGGAGAUGGUCUUUGGCCCUGAUAACAUCACAAAAGGUGCCAGUAUGGACCUCCGUAUGGCCAAUAAUGUUGCCAGCUGCAUGGUGACUGAGUAUGGCAUGAGCAAAAAGCUUGGCCUGCAGGUGUUGGUUGGAGGACCGUUCGGCACCAUGGCGGCCACACCUGAGACCAGACAGACAGUAGAGCAGGAGGUCAGGAAACUACUGCAGGAGUCCUAUGACAGAGCAUCACGGAUGCUGCGGCUUUACCGAGUGGAACAUGAGAGACUGGCCCUGGCCCUGCUGGAACACCACAGUCUGUCUGCUGAGGAGGUCAAAAUGGUCCUGAGAGGAGAGGAACUCAAACACAAGAAAAAGGACAAGGAAGAGUAGGUCUGCAUCCUUGCAUACAAAACACAUGUUGGACAGUAUCCUCUCUUUAUAGUUAUAAAAACCUGAUGUAAGCCCACACCAAAUUAAUUUCUUGGUUAACGGAUUC